CGCGACUGUCACGGUGUCUCCUCUCCGAUCAAAUCCACAUCGGAACAACCACUGAAAAGCACGCGGUUCCUACCCGUCCGGCCGCCGCCAUCAACACCACCGGUGAGAGGUGCCUGUCGCCGCUUCUCGGCUCCGCCACGGAGCGUCCCUCCCUCCGCUCGUUCUGCAGUUUUCAACGGCGGUUGGGUCCCGUCAAAAAAAAUCUAAUCCUCCCGUCUCUCUGAAGCCGGCUUUCUUGACUAAUCGGCGGCGGAAUUUCGCGGCCUGGGUUUGUCUUGUUCCUCCCCAUCGGUACUUGCCUGGUGGUUGAUACCUUCUAUUCCCUUCCCUUGUUUGGUGUUCAAAAGGCCGCAUUUCCCACUUGGUUCUUGGUUUGUUGGAGGUGGUCACCUUCUUCCUGCUUUGAUUUUUUUUUUCUUCGGCGGGAGCGUCGUCAACGCGACGACUCGAGCGGGUGCUCGGCUGGUGGAGCUGUUGGAUUUCUUGGCGCGUCGGCAUUGGUGACCAUGGGCGGCGUGUGUUCGGCGGGGAUCGCCGGGGACAAAUCGCCGGCGGAGCUCUCUUUCCGAGCGAUGGGGUUCGUGGUGGAGCAGGAUUUCAGGACCUUCUCAGCCGCCGGCAAGAACAAGACCGCGCCCGUCGAGGAGGCGGUGGAUCCUAACCAGGUGAGCGAUCAGUCGUUUCGUCUGUCUGAUGAGGGCUCGCCGCCGUCCACGGGCAGUAAGGUUCGUCGCUCGGUGUCCAAGGAGCCGCAUUUGACGCAUGCUGAAUCGAGGAAGGCCAAGGGUGGGAAGCCUAGGAGAAGCGCCUCCGGCAAGGCCGGUCCGAGCAAGGUUUCAGACAUAGGCAUAGCCCUUGGUAGAAAGAGUACCUCUGGACUUGGGAAAGCAGUAGAGGUUCUAGAUAAUCUGGGCAGCAGCAUGUCAAGUUUGAGCCCUGGAGGUGGUUUUGUGGCAGGACCAACAACAAAGGGGAACAAAAUAUCAAUCCUUGCAUUCGAGGUUGCAAACACAAUAGUUAAGGGCAUGAGCCUCAUGCAGUCUUUGUCCAAAGAAAGCCUGAACUAUUUGAAGGAGAUGGUCCUUCUAUCAGAAGGUGUACAACGUUUAGUUUCAAGCAACAUGGAUGAUCUGAUGAGAAUUGCUGCAGCCGACAAGAGGCAAGAGCUGAGUAUAUUUUCACGAGAAGUCAUAAGAUUUGGGAAUCGUUGCAAAGAUCCUCAGUGGCACAACCUAGAUCGUUAUUUCUCCAAGCUAGGGUCAGAAAUUACACCCCAACCAGAAUUAAAAGAAAUGGCAAAAGCAGAUAUGCAGCAACUGAUGACCCUUGUUCGACACACUGGUGAUCUCUACCAUGAAUUACAUGCAUUGGAUAGAUUUGAGCAAGAUUAUCGCCGUAAAUUGGAGGAAGAGAAAAGAUCAGUUACAUUUGAAAGGGGGGACACUGUUCAGAUUAUCAGACAAGAACUGAAGAGCCAGAGGAAGCAUGUAAAUAAUUUGAAGAAAAAGUCUCUUUGGUCUAAGUCUCUUGAUGAUGUCAUGGAGAAGCUUGUAGAUAUUGUCCAGUUCUUACAUGUCGAGAUUCGAGAUACUUUUGGGCCUUGUGAUGGAGAGUCGAACGAAUUGCAAGAGAGCCGUCAAACGUUGGGGUCUGCUGGUCUCUCUCUUCACUAUGCUAAUAUCAUAUCUCAGAUUGACAAUAUUGUUUCCCGAAGCUCUGUUCCCCCUCAAAGUACAAGAGAUGCGCUCUAUCAAGGUCUGCCCCCAAAUGUCAAGUCUGCUCUUCGAACAAGACUGCUAACUUCCACAGAAUCUGAAGAGGUUCCGAUCACUAAAAUCAGGAGUUCGAUGGAGAAAACUUUACAAUGGAUUGUCCCGGUUGCCAAUAAUACGGCCAGAGCACACCAUGGAUUCGGAUGGGUUGGUGAGUGGGCGAACACAGGGAACGAUCUUUCUCGGAAACAGGCUGGGCAACCUGACGCGCUGAGGAUGGAGACCCUGUAUCACGCAGACAAGGAGAAGACCGACGCGUGCAUACUGGACCUGGUGGUGUGGCUCCACAUCCUGAUCAGCUACAGCAGGCCACCGCCUAACAACAGGUCACCGAGCCGAUCCCCUGUGCGUUCCCCGGUGCACGCCGGCGUUUCCUCGCCGGUGUCAGCAGCAGCAGCAGCAGCAGCGUCGUCGUCCUCGUCCAGGGGCGCUGCUGCUGGGCUUAGCAGAGAAGACCGCGAGAUGCUGCAGGACGCCUACACCCGGCGGCGGUCCGCUGGGACGACUGGGAAGAGCAAGAGCCAGGAGCUGUCGACGGCGGCCCGCCGCGGCCACAGGCUGGCGCUGAGCAGGAACGACAGGCUGAGCAAGAGCGGCAGCCACUGCCCCUGUCCGUCGUCGCGGGAGCGGGAGCACGGCGGCGGCAGGGUGUUCCCCCUGGCGACGGGCAGGUCUCCCGCCGCCUCGUCGUCGCCCGUGGUUGUUGGGUUCGACAUCGACCGGAUCAGCGGGGCGCUGGACGUGAUGGACAGAGUGGAUGUGCAGCAGCAGAAGCAACCGUGACCAUUCCCGUGAGGCUGGGCGUUGUCGUUGUGGAGGGAGGGUUCAUCAGGAGCCAGCAUGCAAACAGGUGGUGUACGCAUGAUGCUGCAUGGCAUGCAUGGCGUGGAUGUUUGUGAGUGUCAAGUGUGAGUGUGAUGGGAAGGAAGAGGAAGGGAGAGGUGUAGUAGGCCAGGUUUAGUAAUGGGAAACCAAGAUAUGUCCUCAUGAGUGAUCGUGUGGAUUAUUACUAGCAGAUUAGUAGUAUGAGAUUAGCAUACAUAAUGCCUGCAGAAACACAAACACUGCAGGAUGGAUAUAUAUAGCACACAUACAUAGGCAAGAUUUUUUUUUUGUUUGUGUUUGUGUGACUCGGGCGGGCGGUCAGUAUUUGUAUAUGUACCGUGCCAAAUCAAUCAUGAGGCCAAAACAAACUUUGUUGCUUGUAAGCUGUAAUAACUGUACAUAUGUCAUUAUUAUA